AUUGUUUGUUUGAUUUUUUCCAUCACUGUGAUAAAACAACCAGUUGCCUGUGGUUUUCACUUUCCGAAUAAGAUUGGGUCGAGUACCGAGUUGAGGCCAUGCGAAAAACAAUAUGGCGGCGAAGAAAGAUGUUAACAAACCCAAUGUUUGUCAAGAAGAAUCUGAUACCACAACUUCUAAACAAGCCUCUUUCGACGCUUCUAGCACGGGAUAUGUUCCUUUAGAUAUGAAGGAAGGAGAAUCAACUGAUAAAAAGCCAGAUCUUGUAGAAUACACAAAUUCGGAAACUGAUGACGAUGUGAUCUUGGAGAAAAAGUUUAACACAUCGGAGAGCGCGGCCUCUCUUACAAGCGAGGAUAAAAACAAUACUCUCCCUGGUCAACCAGGAAAUGAUGGUGAUUCCAUUACUACGACAGAGGCGAAUCCUUUGAGUGUUUCAACUGCAGAAGUGAGCAAAAAUACAACACCAUCUUUACCAAUGGAAUCUGAGAGUCAGGGUACAACAACAGCUACCAGUGCAUCCUCAUCUUCAGUGAGUGCACCAGAUCCUGUAGCAGGACCCUCGACAGACCCUGAACAAGCUGAGGACAAAAGCUACUUGAAUUCAGCUGAGUAUGCCUACACAAAGAGAGCGGAGUUUACGUCUGAAAUAUUCAAGAUUGAGAUCAACAAUUUACCAAAGUUGCCAAGGGGUUUCGGCUUUAAGCAAUUCAAGAAAAUGAUUGAGAAUCAGAUAGCCAAUCACAAAGAGUCUUUCAAACCAGUGAAGAUUAAACUUGUGCCCCCACCAGCAAACUGUGCUUUUGUGACCUUCAGAAAUGAGGAGGAAAGAAUGAAAGCCUUGAAGAUUCUGUCAGGAUCAAAAUGGAGGGGGAAAAUUCUUCGUACAAAAUUGGCAAAGGCUCUGAAGGAUCCUGUAGUUGUUAAGCAGAAGGCAGCAGAGGGAAAAGAAAGAAAAAGAAUGAUUCAAGAGGCUGCUGAGAGGAAUCCUGAUGCCAAGAGGGCAAAGACCGGAGGGGAUAAAAAUCAAGUUGACUUCUUUGCCAGGUUAAAUGACUCUGUCACACCGUUAUGGUCAAAGCCUUACUCUGAACAACUGGAGUUCAAGAAUCAGAAGAUUGAGGAAUUCUUGAAAAAACUCACCAAGCAAAUAAAGGAUAUGAUGGAGUUGAAGGGUACAUGGGUUGAGGAAGAGAGUAAAGUGAGAAAUGGUAUUUGCUGUGAACUACAGAAGUGUGAAGAGUCGCCUAUUGUUGAUGGCUAUCGCAAUAAAUGCGAGUUCACUAUUGCUGAGGGGCCAAAAGGAGCAAAAACUGUUGGAUUUAGAGUAGGAUCUUAUAAAGAGGGAUACAGUGGUGUUAUUGAGCCUUUUAAUUGCUGUCACAUAUCAAAAACAGCCAAGAAAGUUGCUAGUGCAUUCCAGAAGUAUAUAAGGAACUCCCCCUUGCCAGAGUAUGACCUAUGCUUUCAUACUGGACAUUGGCAGACACUAACUGUUAGGUCUACUGUGCUGGGGGAAAGCAUGGCCAUUGUUCAAUACAACCCCCAGAAGAUGAGUGCAACGGAAAUAGCAACAGAAAAUGAUAAGAUCAGGAGAUACUUUUUGGAAGGAGAAGGAAAAGAGUGCAACCUCACAUCAUUGUACGCUCAAGUGAAUGCAACAAGAGCUGUUGGUUGCCAGUCACCAGCUCCAUUUACACACCUACUUGGAGAGAAGGUUAUUCAUGAGGUCAUUUGUGAUGUAAAGUUUGGGAUAUCACCAAAUGCAUUCUUCCAAGUGAAUUCUAAAGCAGCGGAGAAGAUGAUUCACAUAAUCAGUCGAUGGAUGGGGGAGCAGAAAGAGACCACACUUCUAGAUAUCUGUUGUGGGACUGGCUCGAUUGGUCUUUGUCUAGCAAAGUACGUAUCGAAAGUGAUUGGAGUUGAAGUGAUACAGAGCGCUGUAGAAGAUGCCAAACAGAAUGCCAUCAUGAAUGGUAUCACCAAUGCCGAGUACGUAUGCGGUAAAGCUGAAGAUGUCUUCACCUACAAGAGCAUGAAGAGGCUACGAAGAUUCACUCAGUGUAUUGGGAUCAUGGACCCACCGCGCGCAGGAGUUCACAAAUCUGUGAUCGAUGCGAUCCGCAAGUACGACAAGCUGGACAAGUUGAUCUACGUGUCGUGCGCUCCCGACCACGCCAUUCCCAACUUACUCGAUUUGUGCCGUCCGACUUCCAAGCGAGUGAAAUCCGUUCCAUUCCGUCUUGUGAGUGCUGUCCCCGUUGACUUGUUUCCGCACACCAAGCACUGCGAGCUCCUCAUGCUCUUCCAGAGAGACAAGCAGACGUACGACGCGCAGAAGUUCUACAAGUUCUUCUACUAGGGGUUCUACAAGUUCUUCUACUAGGGGUUCUACAAGUUCUUCUACUAGGGGUUCUACAAGUUCUUCUACUAGGGGUUCUACAAGUUCUUCUACUAGGCGUUUUCAAUCUCUACAACAAAAUGGUGUUCCGAUCCAGGGCGUAUAGAUUGUAUUCCCCCAUUGUAUUCCCCCAGUCCGCCCCUGAUUUAAAGAUCUCCAAUUCAAAUAUGUUAUCCAUAAGAUGUAUAAUGUUUGGUAUUCUGCAGAAAGAAAACCGCCAAUUAGCUAGGCUUGCUUAAACCACAAGAGUACUCAUUGAAUUAGUAUUAAUUAUAAAGCCACCAUUUUGAGAUAUGAGAUACGUUUUCUUGUCUUUUUGUGUAAUCGUUCAUCCUGUGGACGACUUUUGUUAUUUAUGAUUGUUUUGAUUGUAGACUCUCAUGACAUUGUUUACAUACACUGUUAGAUAUAGUGUAUACUAAGUAUGUUAAAACUCCAUCGUUAUUUAAAGAAUUUAAUAAAAAGGAGUAAAUCCCAGGAAA